AUUAUUGUUCUUGAGAGACAGGGUUUCAUUCAUUCUGCGUUUGAUUUUGAAAAGACAGAACACAACAUGACAAACUAAGCAACGUUUCGGGUUUUGUUUGGUUCUCCGGGAGCUCAGCCACCACUCCUCCUCCAACGGUCUUCUCUGUUCUUCCUCUCCCCAGAUCAGCUGAUUUUGAAGGGGAGGGGGAGUGUUCUUAGGGCUCAACUUCUUCUCUCCAAUACUUCAUGUUCAUGGCAUUCUGUUCCUUAGUCAAUCUGCAUCAAGCAAAUUGAGCUUCUACAAGGGUUUUGACCUAAGCAGGGCUUUUGGUGGGUGACUGAUUAAACUAGAAGAUCAAGUUUCACACUUAAGUUAUCUAAUUGUGUCAAAGCGGUAGUCCCUAUCUCUCUAAAAGAUCUUUAAGCAAGAGAGUUCUCAGGGUAGUUUGCCUGUUAUUGAUAUUUUUGGGUUUGUUGAGGGAUAAGAAAAUUGUUAUGGCUGUUGCUGGCAACAGCAGUGGCGAACCUUCAACUUCAUACACUUGUUACAAAGAAGCAAGGUUGACUGAAACCAUAUUAGACACGAAACAAACUUCUAAUUUAAAAGAUCGGUAUGUUCUUGGGGAGCAGCUGGGUUGGGGGCAGUUUGGUGUCAUAAGAGUAUGUUCUGACAAACUGACCGGAGAGGUCUUCGCGUGCAAAUCAAUUGCUAAAGAUAGGUUGGUUACUUCGGAUGAUAUGCAGAGUGUUAAACUUGAGAUUGAGAUAAUGGCCAAGUUAUCCGGGCACCCAAAUGUUGUAGAUCUCAAGGCUGUUUAUGAAGAGGAACAUCAUGUUCAUUUGGUGAUGGAGCUUUGUGCUGGAGGAGAGCUAUUUCACCUGUUAGAGAAGCAAGGAAGGUUUUCUGAAUAUGAAGGCAAGAUUCUCUUUAGGCAUCUCAUGCAGAUGGUUUCGUAUUGUCAUGAAAAUGGGGUUGUUCAUAGAGAUUUGAAGCCUGAGAACAUUCUCUUAGUUACUAGAUCCUCCUCAUCUCCAAUUAAACUGGCAGACUUUGGGCUUGCAACCUACAUCAAGCCUGCAGGACAGAGUUUGCAUGGAUUAGUUGGGAGUCCAUUUUAUAUAGCUCCAGAGGUACUGAGAGGUGCAUAUAACCAGGCUGCUGAUAUUUGGAGUGCAGGGGUUAUUCUUUACAUUCUACUGAGUGGGAUGCCUCCAUUUUGGGGAAAGACAAAGUCACGAAUUUUUGAAGCUGUCAAGGCUGCUGAUUUGAGGUUCCCGUCUGAACCUUGGGAUCACAUUAGUGAAUCUGCUAAGGAUUUGAUUAGGGGAAUGCUCUGCACAGAACCUUCUCUAAGGCUAACUGCUCAGGAGGUCUUGAACCAUUGCUGGAUGGAAAGCAAUCAAACAAAUACUGAACAACUAAGUGACUAUAAAAUUGAAAGUUGUGAAGAGUGGGAUGUUGGUGGCAACUCAUUCUCUGCCUCGUUUAUGUCCAGGAAACAGGACAUCAGCUUUGGUGCUGGCUCACCUACAUGUGAUGCCCAUUCACCUACAUUCACAUGCAAAUCUUCAUUUUCUUCCAUUUUCGUGGAACCAGUGACGCCUUUCUCUGUUUCUGGUGGGUUUUCAUUUCUGAGCUCAGGGGGUUCCAUUGAUUUGGAAUUUUCUUCUCCUUUACCCUCAAUGCCUAGCUUUGCAUUUCUCAGCCCCAGGUCUGUUGUUGAGCAAGAGAAUUGUAUAUUAGAUGUCUCAACAAACACGUUAGAAGGAAAUACAAUUGCUGGAGAUUCUCGCCUUUGCGUUGUACACAAUGUCAAAGAAAUGGGACUUGAGCCUGUAGAGGCUAAAAGGGUAUGUGGAGCAAAUGGUAAUAGAGCAUUGGGAUUCCACAGCAAGAGAAACCGGACUAUUGGACUUGGUGAGAGUGAGCAACUUGAUCUUGGGGUGACUGAAUCAGUUAUCCGUUGGUUAUCAUGCACACAGCUUCCUACAUCACCAAGAUCAUCUCUUGUCUUUUGAAAAUAGAUUCCGGGACAGAUGAAAGCUUGAUCUGGUGCCUGAAUUCGACGUACUGGUGAAAAUUUUGCCUGCCUAACAUAUUGUACAUGUUUCCUGAAUUUUCAUUAUGGCUGAUGGGAGUGGUUUAGAUUUUGUGGUCGUUUGAAGAUGGUGUGCAGUGCUCACUGUUGUUGUGUUUCUUUCAUUUGCCGUCUCAUGUUAGUUGUAUUUUUAUACUACUUCAGUUAUCUUGAUGUAAUUGAAAUGCUUUGAAAUGAUUUGUAAAUUAAUGUGUUGAAUUAUACGUUGGUUCAAUUGAGAGGAGUUGAAGGAUGUUUUGUAAA